AUGGAAUCCAUCGAUGAGAUAAUCACCUUAAAGGAGACAACUGAACUAACGACAAAGACGUUGUUUGGUUUCGAUCAAACCAAACAAAGCAACAUCAGAAUCCAACAAGAAAGAUUCAUGAAUAACAGGGCAGCUCCCAUCCAAAGGAAUAAACCCACAUGUCUUUGUGGAGAAACGCACUCUCCACAGCAGUGUAAUAAAUUCAGCUCACCAGAGGAGCGUCGAGCAGAAGCCAGACGACAAAGAGUUUGCUGGAGGUGCUUCAGCAAGGGACACAAUUCUAGACUAUGCUCUGCUGUAAGCAAAUGCCCUAAAUGCAGUGAAGACCACCAUUCUUCACUCUGCACUUCUACAAAUCAACUUCAAGUACCAAACUCGUCAGCUCAGAGAGGGUACCAACCUCCUGGUAAAUUCCAAACUCAAUCAAGAUUUACCACUUCGACGGACAACAACCGGUUCAAGCAGCCUCCAAGGUCGAAUAAUCAGCAACGGGAGAGUAGUCGAGUCCAAGCACUACCAAACACGACUCCUCAGGAGAAUAUAACAGUCGGACAAAACCAACCGCCUCUCAAUCAACAUGUGCUACAAAUUGCAUCAGCACUGAUCUUCAACGAAUCAGAGUUCGAUUAUCAAACGAUAACUCUUCUCCUAGAUUCUGGAGCUCAAAGAAGCUUUAUCAAAUCAUCACUUGGAGCUUCGCUGAAAUUACCAACGUUCAGCACGACAUCGUUCACUACUAUAGGAAUGGGAGAGUUACAAGAGUCCUUCAAAUCUGAUGAAGUUCGAAUUACCUUGAAAAGCUGUCAUAGCUCAACCAAGCUGCGUAAUAUACCAGUCUUCACCAAAGACAAGCUGACCACUACCACGAGGACAGCGAACCUAUCAGAAGAAGAUCGAAACUUCAUAAAGGGAAAGAAGAUCUCGAUUGCGCAGAGGAACCUUCUUCCUAUGAACGUAUCGCCUGACAUACUCAUAGGACAGGACUUACUGCAUCAAAUUCUUGACCACAAUGCUGCAGUUAUCAAGCUGCCAUCCGGAUUAGUUCUCACACCAACUAUAUUUGGGUACACAAUUUCCGGCACCAGCGGCUUUCCUAGUUCAACGAAGAGCAACUCAGAAGCACAGUGCAGCUCACUCAUCGUUGCUACUCCACUCAUUUCUCAAAAGACGAUUACAAAAUGGAUAUAA